UACGGGAAUAUCCCUGAAACUUACAAGUCUUUUGAAAAUCUUAACAUUUAAACUCAAUGAGUGGCGCAGGUAACAGGGAACUGGUUUUCCCAACACGGAUGACAUUGGGGAUGAUGAAGAUUAAAUUGAAGGGUGCUCAACAAGGGCACUCCUUGUUGAAACGAAAGUCAGAAGCCUUGACCAAGAGAUUUAGAGAAAUUACUCAAAGAAUCGACGAGUCCAAGAGAAAAAUGGGAAGAGUCAUGCAAACCGCUGCCUUCUCGUUGGCCGAAGUCCAGUACGCUGUUGGUGGAAACAUCUCUUAUCAAAUCCAAGAGAGUGUCAAGAAUGCCAGAUUCAAAAUUAAGGCCAAGCAAGAAAAUGUUUCUGGUGUUUUAUUGCCUGCAUUUGACAGUGAAAUAGACGAAGAAAUAAAUGACUUCAAGUUGACUGGGUUGGGAAGAGGUGGUCAACAAGUGCAAAAGGCCAAGAUGGUUUACACAAGAGCAGUCGAAACCUUGGUUGAAUUGGCAUCUUUGCAAACUGCCUUCAUCAUUUUAGAUGAGGUGAUUAAGGUCACCAACAGAAGAGUCAAUGCAAUCGAACAUGUCAUUAUACCAAGAACCGAGAACACCAUCAGCUACAUCAACUCGGAGUUGGACGAGUUGGAUAGAGAAGAGUUCUAUAGGUUGAAGAAAGUCCAGGAAAAGAAGCAAAUUGCUGCUGAAGCAGAUGAAUUGGAAGAGCAGCAGAAGAUUGCAAAGCAGGCUCAAGACCAGUUGGAUGAGAAGAAGCUUGAAGAAGAAGUUGAGAAAUUAGACAUUAAACAUGAGCACCAGGAUGAAGGGGAAGACGAGUCGAAGGAUCUUUUGAACGAUAAGGAUGAUGAUGUUAUUUUCGACUAGUUUAAUCAAUAGCCCUAAUGCACAAAGUACUGUAGCUUGUAUUCUUUAAUAAACGUAUAUUUUCAGGC